UUGAUUGCUGUCAGCCAGUCGCCUUCAAAAUGGCGAGUUAUUUGUUUCUCAGAGUUGCUGUCAGUUUCAUUUUUAUUGUCACAUACAUCUUUGCUACUGAUACGUCAUCUUUUCCGAAAAAUUUUUUAUUAGGCACGAGUUCGUCCGCUUAUCAAAUAGAAGGAGCUUGGAACGAAAGUGAUAAAGGUGAAAGUAUAUGGGACUGGUGGACACAUGAAAAUCCAAAUUUUAUAAGUGAUGGUAGCAAUGGUGAUGUGGCUUGUGAUUCCUUUCACAAAUAUAAAGAAGAUGUGAAGUUAUUAAAUGAUUUAAAAGUGGAUUUUUAUAGAUUUUCUAUUAGUUGGUCGCGUAUUUUACCAACUGGUUACGCUAACGUAAUUAAUCAAGAAGGACUCAAUUAUUACAAAAAUCUUAUUGACGAACUUUUAGCGAAUGGCAUCGAACCGUUUGUCACUUUAUAUCAUUGGGACCAUCCAGAAAUAUUUGAAAGAAUGGGUGGAUGGACUAAUGAAAUGAUGGUUGAAUGGAUAUCCGACUAUGCAAGAAUUGUUUUUAAAGAGCUUAGCCCAAAAGUUAAAUAUUUUGCAACUCUCAAUGAACCUAACGUUCUUUGCGAAGAAGGAUACGAAACAAAAAUAAAGGCACCAGGAAAGAAUUUAGGCAGUCCUGGCGUAUUUCUGUGCAUGCAUAACAUGUUGAAGGCACAUGCCAAGAUCUAUCAUAUUUACGACGAAGAAUUUCGAAAACAUAGAAAUGGCACAAUUGGCAUAGUUCUACCUUGUUCAGGUGCAUUACCCAAAUAUCUUAAUGAUACCGCAGCGGUAGACAUGCAUUUUCAGUUUAAAUGUGGAUGGAUAGCUCAUGCAAUUUUUUCGAACACUGGUGAUUAUCCACAAAUUAUGAAAAGUCAUGUAGCUGAAAACAGUAAACUGGCUGGUUAUCCGAGAUCGCUUUUGCCGGAAUUAUCGUCUGAAUGGGUGCAAUAUAUUAAGGGUACAUCGGACUUUUUUGGAUUGAAUCAUUAUUCUACAUGGCUUGUGGAAACAGUGCCACGAACGAAAGAGCAAGAAUGGUACGCUUAUUCCGGCGUGAAAGAGAGUAGAGAUCCGUCAUGGCCAAAAGCCGCUUCAAAGUGGCUCAAUGUCGUCCCUAGUGGAUUUCGAGAGAUAAUUAACAAGAUUGCGAGAGAAUAUGAUAAUCCACCUAUCUAUAUUUUAGAGAAUGGCUUUUCUGACAGAUGUUGUACUUUUGAUUAUUUAAGAAUAUCUUAUUUGCAUUCUUACAUAAAAGCUAUGCUGUUAGCCAUUUAUGAAGAUGGAUGUAAUGUGCAGGCCUAUUCUGUUUGGAGUUUGUUAGACAAUUUUGAAUGGUCCGCUGGUUACACAGAACGAUUUGGAUUAAUACAUGUCAAUUUUACGGAUAGUAAUCGAAAGAGAACUCCAAAAUGGUCGAUGGACUGGUAUAAGGAUGUCAUUGCAACAAGGAAACUUAAUUUUACUUGGGAGUUACCAACCAUAAUACAUAUAUAAUAAAUAAUAUGCAUGAAUGUAUACAAAAAAGUCAUUAUUUUACUUAUUAUAUAAGAAAUAGUUAUUAAAUCGUAGAUUAUAUAGGUUAUAAUAGAUAUUAAAUCGCUUUUUUUAAUUAAUACUUUGCUUACUUGUUAUAUAUUUGUCUAAUUAUAAGAUGUAAUAUAUUGUUAUAAUUAGAAUAUAAUUAUUUGUAUACCACA